CCCACCCCUCCACCCUGUGUCUGGUGAUCAUAGGAAUUGUAAUAAUGUUCACAUUCCUGCCGUCAUUGAUGACCCAGCUGGAUUUCUGUUGCGUGAAACUAUUGUGAAAGACCGGGACAGUUUAUGCAUACAACUCUUUUUAUUAAUUUUUAUUUGUAACUUCGAGCGAUGGCCUCGAGCGAUGUUACCCGACAGCUGCUUUAUCAGACUCAGGGAAGAAGAAACAGUAGGGCUCAGGAUUUUCAGAAAUCGGAUAUAAAUGUUCGUCCACUUUCCAUGUCAGGACAUGUUGGCUUCGACAGCUUGCCAGAUCAGCUGGUCAGCAGAUCAACCAGUCAAGGAUUCUGUUUCAACAUUCUCUGCAUUGGAGAGACUGGAAUUGGCAAGUCUACCUUAAUGGAUACUUUGUUCAACACAAACUUUGAGAACUCUCAGUCAACACAUUUCGAACCCAAAGUUAAAUUGAGAGCACAGACCUAUCAGCUUCAGGAGAGCAGUGUCCAAUUAAAACUAACAGUUGUCAAUACUGUAGGAUUUGGGGACCAGAUGAACAAAGAAGACAGCUAUCAGCAUGUGGUUAACUACAUCGAUGCACAGUUUGAAUCGUAUCUGCAGGAAGAGCUGAAGAUUAAACGCUGUCUGCACAAUUACCACGACACUCGUGUUCAUGCUUGUCUGUAUUUCAUCGCACCUACUGGUCAUUCUUUAAAGUCUUUGGAUUUAGUGACCAUGAAGAAACUUGACUCCAAGGUCAACAUCAUCCCUGUGAUUGCCAAGGCAGAUACAAUCUCCAAGAGCGAGCUUCAUAAAUUUAAGAUAAAGAUCAUGAGUGAACUUGUCAGUAAUGGAGUCCAGAUUUAUCAGUUUCCCAUAGAUGAUGAGAACGUAGCAAAAAUCAAUACUACCAUGAACAGCCAUCUUCCAUUCGCUGUGGUUGGUAGCACAGAGGAAGUGAAGAUUGGAAAUAAAAUGGUGAAAGCUCGACAGUACCCAUGGGGUGUUGUGCAAGUGGAAAAUGAGAGCCACUGUGACUUUGUCAAACUUCGAGAAAUGCUGAUCUGUGUGAAUAUGGAAGACCUGAGGGAGCAGACCCACAAACGGCACUAUGAGCUUUAUCGGCGCUGCAAACUGGAGGACAUGGGCUUUACAGACACAGAUGCUGAAAACAAGCCACUCAGCCUGCAGGAGACAUAUGAAACAAAGCGCCAAGAAUUCCUUUUUGAACUGCAGAAGAGGGAGGAGGAGAUGAGACAGAUGUUUGUGCAGCGAGUCAAGGAGAAGGAGACCGAGCUCAAGGAUGCUGAGAGAGAGCUUCAAGGGAAGUUUGAGCACCUGAAAAGAUUGCAUCAAGAGGAAAGAAUGAAACUAGAUGAGAAAAAAACAAUGCUUGAAGAUGAAAUGUCUGGUUUUAGUAGAAGAAAACUUGCAGCUGAGCUCCUUCAGGCGCAGGCAUUUACAGGCAGUAUGAAUAUUAAAAAGGACAAAGAUCGCAAAAAGAGCUGGCCUUCGUUAUGAGGAGGAGAAUACAAAUACAAGCAGCUGGGACAGAAGCAAAGAUAAAUCAAAUAAUUAGGAAGACAUUCUACAAAUAACAUGCAAGGCUUAUUAGUGCAGUGAGUUUUUAAAAAAAUGUUAAUCUAUUAAAAGCUUGAAAGGACACCAGCUUCAUUGUUUGAGGUAGAAGUGAACUAUACAAUUGUUAUAUGCCCAGAUAUAUUGGGUGCUUGUUAUGUGGGUUUUUAUAUUUAUCACUACAUGGCAGUAGCAAACCUCUUAAUGGUUUAAAUGCUCUCCUAUAUAUGAGUUGUAGUAUGAUAAUUUAGUGUGAACUUAACAAUUCUACCUAUUGAGGUACUGUACAAUGGAAUUAGAAGACAGCAGAUACUGGGGUAUAUGUUUAACCAGCUUAAACAGCACACAAAGGAUGCGAGUCAACAGGGGCCACAGGUCUUAUGGGACAAACGAGAUAAGACUUCAGGAUAGCCUCUACAAAUAUUUGUUUUAAAAUAAUAAAACAAAUCACAAUGUAAGCUGUCUUCAGAUCUCGUACAGUCUCUUUUUCUUUAAUGAAAAGUUUCGUCGGGAAGUUUCAAGGCAGUGUUACACAAAAGAGCUGUAAGCAAGCAUCAAACAUUAUUUUCUUUUAAGCACAUAUUGUCACAGACAGGCUGAAUGCUUAUUUAGGGUCUGUUUAUAAUUAGGACACAACAAAAGCAAUGCCUGAAAAGCCACAUUAAAAUGUUUAAAAUAAUUUUGAUAGCUAUUUUAGUCUUUCUUAAUCCAUAUUGAUAUACAAUUGGAAUAAAGUGAAAUAAGGGCAUAUUGCCAGAUUCUGUCAGUGUUAUUAAUUGCAGUGUCCCUGAGAUGUUAUUAUUGCAUAGAUAGAUCACACAAAAAGGCUUAUUUCACAGCACUUUAUGGUCUAAAAACAGGUAUUUCAAGAUAUUUCAUGAUUUAAACAUAUGUUUUAAAGCAGGAAAAAAUUGCGUUGUCACAUUCAAAUGUAUCCUUUUCUUUAACAAAUGCUCGUAAAUAUUGAAGUGCUUACCUGGAAAACAGUAAAUGCGAAAUUAUAGAAUAUAUCAUUUUUUUAUGUCCACAUUUUAAAGUCGGAUAUUUC